GUGUGACCAGUGUAUGAGCCCUACCGACCUCUCGAUCGAAAAGAGAGAGGGCGCUCUCCCUCUCCACCCCGGCGAAAACAUAGCUUCUGCUAGCGAAUUGUGAGCAUUGCAGCAGGGCAUGCAAAGUAGUGAAAGUUUAGAGUUUGCAAAAUAAAGCAGGUGCAGGUAUAGCUUGAAAGAUUGGCGUGGAAAGUGGGGACUUGCUUACUGAGAACUGAAGAACUGUCACAAUGGCCAAGAGCACUUUCAAGCAGGAGCACCAACUAGACAAAAGGCAGGCUGAGGCUGCCAGAAUCCGGGAGAAGUACCCCGACAGAAUACCCGUUAUCGUGGAGAAGGCCGAGAAGAGUGACAUCCCAGACAUUGACAAGAAGAAGUAUUUGGUACCUGCUGACCUGACCGUGGGUCAGUUUGUGUACGUCAUCCGGAAGAGGAUCAAGCUGAGCUCUGAGAAGGCUAUCUUCAUCUUCGUGGACAACGUUCUUCCACCAACAGCGGCCUUGAUGUCCUCCAUCUACGAGGAACAUAAGGACGAGGACGGUUUCUUGUAUAUAACCUACAGUGGUGAGAACACGUUUGGGGGUUGCUAAAUUGGGGAGGGUCAAGGCUGCAGAUUUGGACUGUGAGGCUAUCUUUUGUGCUCAACGUCUGAGAGCGUCAAUCAGUGCAAGAGGCCCUGAUUUGGACCCAAAAAAGCGUUACAUUUUAGAGAUUACUCAGGAGCAUUUUGCAACUGAGCAACACGCCAGGCCCGGAAGACAGUUGUGCUAUUCUCCAGUGUAAAUAUGUGGGGUAAGGGGUUAUGUAACAACUUGUCACACCGAAGCUUGCAACAGCAUAUGGUAGACAGGUUCCUGUAUUGCUCGGUUAUUUGGCUUAGCUAGGGAGAUCCGAGAAAGAGUAGGAUGUACAUUACACGUGUACAAAUUGUAACUCAUCAGACCUCCUACCGAAAUCUUUUCAUACUUACUCAGUGCCGCGUGACAUUCCUAUGCUUCUGGAUUCUAGCUUCGCUAUCUUCAGGUGCUGCAGUAAUCAUCAGUUGUUGCGUGACGGAGGGCUCUACCCGUC